AUGGCUUCAAGAAGAAAAAACUACCAUCCCAUGCGUGAAAUCUUUGGUGAUUUCAAUGAUAUUUCCUUAGAAGAUUCAAAGAUGGAAAAAAUGAAAAACUUGAAAAUCAGUAGGAAUCUCACCAAAAUAGCUCCCGGUAAUAGCAGAUUUCUAAAAAGAAGCCAAUCUGUGGGUGGAAAGCACUUCUUCCCGAAGGAGGAUGCUGGCCCGGGGAGCGGGCCCUGGCUGGCCUCAGGGAGACCCCCGGCCACGGCCUCCAAGCUCAGGACCAGCGCCGCGCUGCGGAAGCUGGCCCAGAUCGAGUCCAAGAUCAUGAACCGGAAGGUACAGCUGGACUUGUCUGACGAGGAAUCCAACUCGAAGACCUCCAUGGACAGUCUUCCCUGGAGAGCAGACAGAAUUCGUCCCGGGAGUCCAGCUGAGCUUUCUUCACCGAAUACAGACCACAGCUCGCAGAAGCAGGCCCGGGAGACUGCUCCGGCCGGGAGCAGCACGCCGGGGGGCCAGGGCAGUAGGUUUCUGAAGAAGAGAGAGCCACCUGCUGAAAAGCUUCCUCCUGAAGCCCAUGUUGGGAGAGAGAGGGACCGUUCGGUGCCCAAGGAGAAAGCACCCGUCAGAAAGCUGGAUUCGCCAGACAGCGAUGAGGAGGAGAUGAGGGAGUUGCUGGGAAGCUUGAUGGAAUCUUCCCGAGAAAAAGAACCGCGCACGAACCAGGGCUCCACCGGCACCAGAGUCGUUGGGAAAAAACAGGCAGAACUGUUCUCGGAUCAGAUCCCAACUCAGCCAGAACUGCUUUCACUACCCAGUGAGGAGCCUUCCAGCGCAAAGCCACCUGGGACGUCACAUCCACCCACUUUCCCAUCAGCACACGGGACUCUUCGCAGACCCCCCUCCCUGCAGACUCACCUUCCUGCGGACACAGCCCCCAGCACGGAGCCAUCGCUUUCUGUCACCAGCACCGGGUCCGAGCCAGGGCCCCCCAGGAAGGCCCGGGGCAGGCUCUCAUCCUCCCCCGUGAGGAGUGAGGCCGGGCCUAGGGAGGAGUCGCUCUCCGAAGCCUCUGACGACAGCCUAAAUGAUUUUAGAAUAAAUAUUUUAUCCCUUGAUGAUCUGGCUCCAGCUGUCAGCACGCAAUCGGACUUGGAACAGAAAAAAGGAGGUCUGAGGGAAAAGGCACCCAGCAAAAGCCCCGGGACCAGGGGCCCCCCGACGGGCAGCGAGGUCUCCGAGCACCUGAGCGAGCCCUCGGCCUCCUCUGCUGCGCCCCAGCGUGCUGCUGGCCUGAGCCCCGCGCCUGGGGAGCCUCCAGCCGGCACGGUGAGCCUGGCUUAUUCGGAAGAUUUUGAGGAUUCCCCAAGCCUGACAGCAUCAGAGCCAACAACCCACUCUGAGGAGUCUCUGGACAGGACGCUGGCCUCUUGGUCUGAACUCUCUGCGAGCCUGCAGACAGACCAGCCCCCACCCACAGGCGCCUCUCGGAGAAAGUGGGCCCCGGAAGUGAUGAGAGUCACAGUGAAGGAGCAGGCUGUGCAGACCCUCGACCCCGCCUUCACCUACCAGUGGACAAAGGAGGCCAGUAUGGCGACCAUCGGGCCAGCCCUGGGAAGUGCCUAUGUGGAUCCUACACCCAUCGCCAGUCAUGUCGUCAGCGCAGAUGCAAUAGAAGCCCUGACAGCUUACAGCCCGGCCGUGUUCGCACUCAAUGACCUGCUCAAGCAGCAGCUGAGCCUGACGCAGCAGUUCAUGGAGGCCAGUCGGCACCUGCAUGGGUCCCUCCUGCAGUCCCUGGACCGAGACGCGUUCCACUACCACACCCUGGAGGAAACCAAAGAGUACAUCAGGCACCACAGACCCGCCCCACUGACCAUGGAGGACGCUCUGAAGGAGGUGAGAGAGGAGCUGUGA